CUCCUGAUCUCCCUCUCCUCGACCGAUCACCGCAUACGAACAAUUUGCUUGCCGCCAAUCCCAAGAAGCACUGCAGUCCGCGUCCAAUUGCCCUUCGAUCGCUCUCUGGAAACAAAGAGAUCAGCUCUCCGACUUCCUUGGCUCAAUAGCCCCCCGCUACGCAAGCAAAGCAGACGCCCAUAGGUCGACCCGCCGAGCCGACAUUGCAAGACACAGGCGUUUCGAAAGACCCGGAGCUUACAGGAAGAGCACAAACGAAGAAAAGAGACAAGCUCGGCAGUUUUGGGAGCAGAGCUCAACUCCACCGCAUACCCCACAGCAGCACUGUUCAGUCAACAGGAGACUAGACUCUGCGCGGCAAAGAUGGCUCUCAACCCUCACCAAAAGAACAAGGUGGACAUCAACAGCCUGAACGAAGAAGAACAAAAGCUCUUCCGCCUCUACGGCAAACUCCCCAACAAAAAGGACCUCUUGACCAAAAAACUCUCCGAGCGCAAAUACUUCGACUCGGGCGACUACGCCCUUUCCAAAGCCGGGAAAGCGGACACCAGCGCUCUCGGAGGAGGCCUGGGUCGCGAACACCCUACACCAGAAAACAUCCCCCACCUCUCCCAAACACAAUCCAACUCCUCCAGCUCAGGUACGCCCUCGGGUAGCACCCC